AUGACGGCUAAUAUGACGGGCAAGAAAGUCAACGUCUUGGUUUACUCCGGAAAUGGCACCACCGUUGAUUCCGUCCGUCACUGCCUCUACACCCUCCGCCGACUUCUAGCCCCUCACUAUGCUGUGAUCCCGGUCACGGGCGACAUGCUAAUCAAAGAACCAUGGACCCUCACAUGCGCUAUGCUGGUCAUGCCAGGUGGAGGAGACCUGGGGUAUUGCCGGACACUCAAUGGCGCAGGGAACCGACGGAUCGAGCAGUUUGUUCGCAGAGGAGGGGCAUACCUGGGCUUCUGUGCGGGGGGCUACUAUGGCUGCAAACGGUGUGAAUUCGAGAUGGGUGAUAAGACAAUGCAGGUUAUCGGGGAGCGCGAAUUGGCCUUUUACCCCGGAAUCUGUCGUGGAGGGGCUUUUCCUGGGUUCGUUUACCAUAGUGAGGCCGGAGCGCGGGCCGCUGAAUUGAAGGUCUCGAAAGAGUCGUUGGCGACGGGGACGGUGCCUGAGGUCUUUCGGUCAUAUUACAACGGCGGAGGGGUGUUUGUCGAUGCGCCAAAGUACGCUGAUAGAGGGGUGGAAGUGCUCGCGAGCUUCACGGAGGAGCUCAAUGUUGACCCUGGCGACGAAGCGGCCGCUGUGGUUUACUGCAAAAUUGGCGACGGGGCGGCGGUAUUGACAGGGCCGCAUCCAGAAUUCGCCGCCGCGAACCUCGAUCGGAACGCUGCCGGACCAGAGUAUACUAAGGUGGUGGACGCCCUGGCCGCGGAUGACAAGUCGCGGACAGACUUCCUGAAGGCAUGCCUGUCUAAGUUGGGGUUGCAGGUUACGGAUGAGACCACCACAGUCCCAUCCCUCUCGUCGUUACAUCUGUCGGCGCUGGACCCGGAAGACACGUCCAAGAUCAUAUCAUCGCUGCAGGAUGGUAUUACCAAAGAAGGAGAUGAGGAGUACUUCAAAGAUUCAAAUGAUACGUUCCGUUUGGAGAAAUCUGGAGUGUGGAACAUGGGUAAUCUGGAAGAGUCUCUUCCAGCAGAGUCGGAGAGUCAAAAUACAAGCCAAGGCAUUGUGGACUACAAUGCGGUUCUCAAACGCCUUGUCAUUCACGGCGAACUGCCGUCCACAAAGGUUACACCAUAUUUCAAUCACUAUGCCUUCUACUCCAAUCUUCGCCACUACCAGUCCAAUAUGAAGGAGGGAGCAGCCGAGUUUGGUUCGAAUUUGAUGUACGCGGAGGUUAUUACCAGUACCAAUACCAUACUGGAGAAAAACCCCCAACUUCUCCGGAGUCUACCGAAUGGAUUCACUGCGACAGCAACCACUCAAGUCGCCGGUAGAGGCCGUGGUUCAAACGUCUGGGUUUCCCCAGCGGGUGCUCUUAUUUUCUCAACUGUUCUGCGUCAUCCGGUCGAGAAGAUUCAAUCGUCCCCGAUAGUAUUCAUUCAAUACCUGGCUGCCAUGGCAGUUGUAAAGGGAAUCAAGAGUUACGACCAAGGCUACGAGGAAUUACCCGUGAAAAUGAAGUGGCCCAACGACGUCUACGCCCUGGACCCAGACAAGCCCGAAAAACAACAAUAUGCCAAGAUCUGCGGAAUUCUAGUAAACUCACAUUUCUCGGCCAAUGAAUACGUCUCCGUGGUCGGUAUCGGCAUCAACGCCACAAAUUCCUCACCAACAACAUCUCUCAACGCACUUGUCGCCAAGUUCCUCCCUAAAAACGCCGCUCCGAUCACGCUAGAAAAACUCCUCGCGCGAAUCGUCACCACGUACGAAGAGUUGUAUGCGCGAUUCCUCCGGACCGGCUUCGAUAAGACCUUCGAAGAGAUGUACUACGACGACUGGCUACACAUGCACCAGGUGGUAACUCUCGAGGAAGAGGGUGGUGCGAAGGCGCGGAUCAAGGGCAUUACAAGGGAUUAUGGGUUGUUGUUGGCGGAGGAGCUUGGGUGGAAUGAUCGGCCGACGGGGCGGGUGUGGCAGUUGCAGAGUGAUAGUAAUAGCUUCGACUUCUUUAGGGGGCUGCUGAAGCGGAAGGUGUAG